GUCGCAUCUCGGGGUAGACAACCUGUAUUAUAUAGCGGAGGUUAUUUAGAUAAUCCACCUGUUGGAACCUAAUAAAUAGAGGAAAACUGCAGCACUUCAACAUGUAUUCAAACAAACUCGAAGGACCACGGAGGGGCAGGUCUUUUGACUCCAUGAAUAUUGGCUUUGAGGAAAAACUACUAAACAAUGAGAUAAACAAAUCAACUUUCACAAAAAUCGAGGAGAACACUGAAAAGAAAAAUACAUCAGAGAAAGAACGAGCGACAAUAAUCUUCUCCCUGAAGAAUGAAGUAGGUGGACUUGUAAAGGCGCUCAAACUCUUCCAAGAAAACCAUGUCAACCUUGUACACAUAGAGUCUAGAAAAUCCAAAAGACGCAACUCUGAGUUUGAAAUAUUUGUGGACUGCGACAGCAACCAUGAAAAACUGAAUGAAAUCAUCCAGCUGCUGCGGAAGCAUGUGAACGUGGUGGAUAUGGAGCCUCCAGAUAACUCCUGUCUACUUGAGGAAGAAAUGUAUAACGUACCAUGGUUCCCAAAGAAAAUUUCAGACUUGGACAAGUGUGCUAACAGAGUCCUGAUGUAUGGCUCUGAGUUGGAUGCUGACCAUCCGCAGGGUUUCAAGGACAACGUGUACCGAAAGAGGAGAAAGUACUUUGCUGAUCUUGCCAUGGCCUAUAAACAUGGGGAUCCCAUCCCCCGUAUAGAAUUCACAGAGGAGGAAGUGAAGACAUGGGGUGUGGUGUACAGGGAGCUUAACAAGUUGUACCCGUCCCACGCCUGCCGAGAAUACUUGAAGAAUUUGCCACUUCUGUCCAAAUACUGUGAAUGUCGGGAGGACAACAUCCCUCAGUUGGAGGACGUCUCACGCUUUCUCAAGGAACGUACUGGAUUCACCAUCAGGCCUGUGGCAGGUUAUCUGUCUCCCCGGGACUUCCUUGCUGGUUUAGCCUUCCGUGUUUUCCACUGUACCCAGUAUGUGCGGCACAGCUCUGACCCCUUAUACACCCCAGAGCCGGACACAUGCCAUGAGCUGCUGGGUCAUGUCCCACUGUUAGCAGAGCCCAGCUUUGCUCAGUUUUCUCAGGAGAUCGGUCUUGCUUCACUUGGGGCGUCAGAUGAUUCAGUUCAGAAAUUGGCCACAUGUUACUUCUUUACGGUGGAGUUUGGCCUAUGCAAACAAGAAGGGCAGCUGCGAGCGUAUGGAGCAGGUCUGCUGUCAUCAAUCAGUGAACUUAAGCAUGCACUGUCUGGCAAUGCAAGGAUAAUGCCUUUCGACCCCAAAGUUACAUCCAAACAGGAAUGCAUCAUCACAACAUUUCAGGAUGUCUACUUUGUGUCAGACAGCUUUGAGGAGGCCAAAGUCAAGAUGAGGGAGUUUGCCAAGACCAUCAAGCGCCCCUUCACAGUCCGGUACAACCCUUACACCCAGAGUGUGGACGUGCUUAAAGACACUCCCAGCAUCAACAGUGUCGUGGAAGAGCUUCGACAUGAGCUUGACAUCGUCGGUGAUGCGCUCAGUCGGCUCAACAAGCAGCUGGGUGUCUGACUUUCCACAGAAAAACAUUUCACCUGAAGUCUAGCACUGCUUGUGUGUCGUCCCCCAGCUCUAGAAAUCCUGCUUUUAGGUCACCCUUUGUCAGUACAACGAAUGUGCCCUGCUUUCAGAGGAAUGCUUUGUUGUCCCUACUGCAUGAUACGUGGCUUUUACAAUUAACCCAUUAUGGCGAAUUAUGUUCAGCCACUGAUAUCAUUAAUUUGCACAAACCUGAACAGCUGCUUAAUCCAAGACACUGGUUUUCUUCAGUUGUCUGAAUUGGUUUCACUGCAGAGAUUCCAUGUGCUUUAAUGGUACUUCAGUAUCUUUUUAAAGCAUUUCCUGCUGUUACAAACAUACAUGUUGUCUCCUCUUCUUAUUGUUAACUUUUCUGUUGUAUAUGAUCAUGUGAAAUAUUUUUGUAAUUCAUUUCAUUAUUAUUCUUCACAUUUAAUCUUCCUCACCUCAGUGAUAUGUAUAAAAAAUAUAUGUUGUUUGUAUUCUUUUGGUGUAUGUAUCAUAUUACUUUUUGUGUGCUGCUGAUGGAAAGUAUGAAGGUUAAAAAGUGGUUGUAUAAGAAUGGUUUCAUGACUGAUAACAAUAAAUUUGUCUCAUGUAUCCUGAUCUAAUUUAAUUUAAUGUGAUUAUUUAAAUACCUAAUAUUGAAGUGAUUAUUCAGUACAUUGUAGUACUCCUGAAAUUAAAACAAUAUUUUUCUACUGUAAAGAAAAUAUAAAUAUAAGGAGUAGACUAUGUAUCAAUCUAAGAAAAAGAAUAUACAAAAUAAAAUGUUUAUUGUGUCUUCA